CUCCAUGUGCAACAGUUCGAAGCAGUCAGUAAACUGUCAGUAGGGAAUCUUGAAGUUACACAACUAUUUCUCUCAAAAUACAAACUCGAGAACUUCAGACAAGAUUAUUACUUAGAUUUUGUUUCCAUUUUUAUUCCAAAAAAAUCAAAGCAGUGCAUUUUCAUGGAGAAAUGCAAUGAAACAUCCAAUGGCUUUAUUUUGUUGGGGUUGUUUCCUCAAACUCACACUGGCCUUCUUCUCUUGCUCCUCAUCAUGGUUGUGUUUGUCUUCGCCUCAGUGGGGAACUCAGGAAUGACCGCCCUCAUCCUCUUGGACCCCCGGCUCCACACCCCCAUGUACUUUCUCCUCAGCCAGCUCUCCCUCAUGGACCUGCUGUACAUCUCCUCCACUGUGCCCAAGAUGGCGUCCAACUUCCUCUCGGGACAGAAGAGCAUCUCCUUCCUGGGCUGUGGUGUGCAAAGCUUCUUCUUCCUGACCAUGGCCGGAUCAGAAGGCUUAAUCCUGGUCUCCAUGGCCUAUGACCGCUUUGUGGCCAUCUGCCACCCCCUCCACUACCCCAUCCACAUGAGUAAAGUGACAUGUGUGAAGAUGAUCCUGGGGUCCUGGACACUGGGCUCCAUCAACUCCCUGGCACACACUGUCUACAUCCUCCAUCUUCCUUACUGCAGGUCCAGGGCCAUCAAUCAUUUCUUCUGUGAUGUUCCCGCCAUGGUGCCUCUGGCCUGUGUGGACACCUGGGUCUACGAGUACAUGGUGUUUGUGAGCACAAGCCUGUUUCUCCUUGUCCCUUUCCUUGGCAUCACUGCCUCCUAUGGACGGGUCCUCUUUGCUGUCUUCCACAUGCGCUCAAAAGAGGGAAGGAGAAAGGCCUUCACCACGUGCUCCACACACUUAACCGUGGUGAUAUUUUACUGUGCGCCAUUUGCCUACACAUAUCUCAGACCCAAGAGCCUCCGCUCACCAGCAGAGGAUAAGAGCCUGGCUGUCUUCUACACCAUCCUCACCCCCAUGCUCAACCCCAUCAUCUACAGCCUGAGGAACAAGGAGGUCCUGGGCGCCAUGGGAAGAGUGUGUGGGAUGUUCUCCUCCAGGAAGACAUGAGCACAGCUGUACUAGCUUCUUGGUACUGCUUCUAUCCAUGACACUGGGAACACUCUAGAAAAUCACUGACCAAAAGGAGGUAUGAGACUGACAUAUGUCACUACAACUUUCAAGUGACACAUUUAUCAGUAAAAUUAAUAGAAAUAUUAUGUUGACAAUUAUAAACUCAUAUAAUGAUUAAUAUUUUAAUUGAAAACAUUAAAGUUCAUGUUAAAAUUAACAAUGUAAACAUUGAUUACAUUUUAUUUCAUACUAUUAUAAA